CAGGGGCAGCGGCCGGGAAGGGGCAUCAGAUCGUCCUGACCAAGCUCACCCGGACGGAGCUGCUGGAGUACAAAGUCCGACACUGCUGCUCACCUUGCAGCGCAGGGACGUCAUCUACAUCUUCAGCUUUUUAGAGGAUUAUCGUACAUUCGCCACCACGGACGAGGUGCUGGACCUGCUGUUCACCGAGUAUGGGUGCAUCGCAGAUGCGUGGGGUAACAACGAUGUGGUCCUGCAGUGCUGGAAACUGGCCAUGUCCUUCAUGAUGGAAAUAUGGCUGAAUUAUUAUGGGGACGACUUUCAUCAGUUCCCAGAAUUUCCCUCCCUUAUAAAACUCCUGGAAUUGUUAAGACAGCACAUGCCAGGCACAGAUGCGCAUCUCCGGGCCCUGCGUCACCUGAGGCAAUUCAGACGCCUCCAUGCAGCAGAGCGAGAGGCUGGGGCUUCGGCCCGAGGAAAACACCCUGAACCCACUCUGGAGUGCACCCCAGCUCCGACCGUGGGGCCUGCUGCCCCAUGGGGCCUGGCUGCUGGGGCUGAGGGCUUGGCCUGCGAUGAGCUGCCUGCUGGGGAGGCAAAGCCCCUGCAGAUAGUGGUCACUGCUGCCCUGCAGGAGCCCCCUGCACCCCUGGGAGCCCUGGAAGAGGAGCAGGCACCACCCCCUGCUCUCGAGGUCGUGGAUGUGCCCCAGCCACCUCCUAACUCGAUGGAGCAACUGGCCUCGGGGAUGGAGCAACCUGUUGAACCACCCGAGGAGCCCGCCCCAGCUCCAACUGUGGAGCCUGGGGAAGGUUCCGGGUCUGAAGGGAUAGUGGCUGCUGGAGAUGAGGACUUGGUCAAGGCAGAGAUGCUGGCUCCUGAGGUGAAGGUGGUGCACGUGCUGGUCGAACCUAUGGUUCCCUGCCCCGAUGAGGAGGAGCCACCUGCUCCCAUGGCCACCCCGGAAGAGUAGGCCCUGGUGUCUGCAAUCGGGGUCCCCAGAGGGCCAGACCUGCAACCUGCCUCUGGAACAACCUGCUUCGAUCCGUUAGCAGCCCCCUGACCACCUCGGGGGCCCGCCCCAGCUCCCACCGCGGGGCUCGUGAUGGCUACAGCCCAACAGAGGCUUGCCCUCCCCUGUUAUUUCACUGUUUCUAUUUUUUGAGUUUUUCUUUAACCUGUAUAAUAGCUUAUAGAGUUUUAUUGCAAUAAAGGAUAAGUUAAC